UAUGCGAUGGUGUGUGAGUACGGAACUCCUUCGAAAAGCCUGUAAAGGAGUUUCCUCCACGUUUUUGGUUUUGACAGGCAAAUAGAUAUCUUGUCAUCAUGCCACCAAAAAAAUCUAUGGAGGAAACGGAUCGUUUGACCCGUAUAGCUAUUGUUAAUUCUGAUAAGUGCAAACCAAAACGGUGUAGACAAGAAUGCAAGAGAUCUUGUCCUGUGGUACGGAUGGGGAAACUUUGUAUAGAAGUUACUCCAAAUAGUAAAAUAGCUUCUAUAUCUGAAGAAUUAUGUAUUGGAUGUGGUAUUUGUGUUAAGAAAUGUCCAUUUGAGGCAAUAUCUAUCAUUAACCUUCCUAGUAAUUUAGAAAAAGAAACUACACACCGUUAUUCAAAGAAUUCAUUUAAACUGCAUAGACUGCCUAUUCCGCGUCCUGGAGAAGUACUAGGUUUGGUUGGGACCAAUGGAAUUGGUAAAUCAACUGCUCUAAAAAUUUUGGCUGGCAAACAGAAGCCCAAUCUGGGUAGAUACACUGAUCCACCAGAUUGGACAGAGAUUUUAAGUCAUUUUAGGGGUAGCGAGUUGCAAAAUUAUUUUACUAAAAUAUUGGAAGACGAUUUGAAAGCCCUCAUUAAGCCUCAGUAUGUAGAUCAAAUUCCUAAAGCUGUAAAAGGCACUGUGCAACAACUGUUGGAUAAGAAGGACGAGUGCAAGAAUCAGUUAGACAUUUGUAGAAUGCUGGAUUUGAUGCAUAUACGCGACCGAGGCAUCGACGCACUAUCUGGCGGAGAAUUGCAACGAUUUGCAUGUGCUAUGGUGUGCAUCCAGAAUGGAGACAUUUUUAUGUUUGAUGAACCGUCUUCAUAUUUAGACGUAAAGCAGCGUCUUAAUGCGGCUUUAACAAUUCGAUCUCUUAUUCAUCCUGACAAAUUUAUAAUAGUAGUAGAACACGAUUUAUCAGUUUUGGAUUAUUUAUCGGACUUUAUAUGUUGCCUUUACGGUGUUCCUGGAGCUUAUGGUGUAGUUACUAUGCCUUUCUCUGUAAGAGAAGGUAUAAACAUUUUCCUCGACGGUUUUGUACCAACGGAAAAUUUGAGAUUCCGUGAGGAGUCCCUUAUUUUCAAAGUGGCAGAAAGCGCUACCGAGGAGGAAGUGAAACGUAUGAAUCAUUACGAAUAUCCCGCGAUGACGAAAACAAUGGGUUCGUUUAGCUUAAUAGUUGAAAAAGGACAAUUCACGGAUUCUGAAAUUCUUGUACUACUUGGUGAAAAUGGUACUGGAAAAACGACAUUUAUUAGAAUGUUAGCUGGUAAUUUACCACCUGAUGAUGGCUCCGGGAGUAUUCCCCAACUACAUAUCAGCUACAAACCACAAAAGAUAAGUCCUAAAUCUCAAGGUAUCGUACGGCAAUUGUUGCACGAAAAAAUUAGGGAUGCUUACGUUCAUCCUCAGUUCGUGACGGACGUUAUGAAACCUUUGAAGAUAGAUGAUAUUAUGGAUCAGGAAGUGCAGAAUUUAUCUGGGGGAGAAUUGCAACGGGUGGCUUUGGCUUUGUGUCUUGGAAAGCCUGCCGAUGUUUAUUUAAUCGACGAACCUUCCGCGUAUUUGGAUUCUGAGCAACGUUUAGUCGCGGCCAAAGUAAUAAAACGAUUCAUAUUACAUGCAAAAAAAACCGGGUUCGUAGUAGAGCACGAUUUUAUUAUGGCUACUUAUCUGGCUGACCGUGUAAUAGUAUUCUCUGGUGUACCAUCCUUGUCAACUACAGCUCAUAGUCCACAAUCUUUACUAAACGGUAUGAACAGGUUCUUAGAGCUCCUAGGCAUUACUUUCAGAAGAGACCCGAACAACUUUAGACCGAGGAUUAAUAAGAGUCAAUCUGUAAAAGAUUUGGAUCAAAAGAGAGCAGGGCAAUAUUUCUUCUUGGAGGAGUGAGAUAUGAACUGAUUUUGAUAAGUUGAAUAGCAGCUUAUAUGAAAUACUGUUAAGACGUUUUUGUAAAUCUUUAUACGUUUAAAAGCCGGGAAUGGAGUUCUUACAAUAUAUUAAACACCAGUGACGCAUAUUUUGCGUUAUAUCGAAAUAUUAUUCGUUUCGACACUACAAUUCUGCUUAUAGGAUAUUUAUUUUAGUGAAUAUAUAAAGCGAAUUUUUCAAAAUAUAUUACAAAAAAUUUAAUUCAAAGAAAUACAAUCGUAUUUUUGUACGACAUAUUGCUGCCACAAAUUUAUUUAUGUCUUAUCAACAUGCGUCACAAUUACAUUUCCAAUAUCACACAAAUUAUACAAUGCAUUUUUUUGUAUAAAUAAUAAUUUGUGUUUGAUUAUGCAUAACAAAUCAAAGGGAAUUAAGUAAUUCAGUAUAUUUACAUGUACAUCUGCUAUGCAACGUGAAUUAUAAUACAAGUGAAAUUUAAAGAAUGAAUGAAUUGGUCAUUUAAUAAACCUCGCAAAUUAAAUAAUUUUAUGAUUUUACAUAUUGCUGCUAAUAAUACAAUAGAAAGAAUUUUUUAUUGUGAAAUCACUCAAGAAAUCGAUAUCAACAUCACCUUUUUAAAACAGUAUUUUCUUUAACCCUCGCUCAGCCGACUGCGUGCCAACGAUGGAUCAAAAUGAUCCAUUCUGAUUCUGACUGGUCGUAGGUUAAAUCGAAAUGACGUACUUACAUGUACUCUUUGCGAAUACUCGAUAUUUGGUGGGGAACGUAUAACUACGUUUUUAGUUUUUAAAUUGAGA